CGGUGGCGGCUGGAAUUGCAAGGGUGGGAAGGGAGCGUGCGAGCGGGAUCCCGAGCCGCGGAGCACGCUGCCCCUCGCUCCGCCGCGGAUGACUUGGGAGCUCAGAUCCUAGUGCCGCCCAUGCAGCAUCCCUGCCCUCCGCCGCCCAAUAGUUGAUGAUAAAACACUUAACCGUCUCCGCUGCGGGAAGCCAUGAGCUGUCUGGAUGUUAUGUACCAAGUCUAUGGUCCUCCCCAGCCUUACUUCGCAGCCGCCUACACCCCUUACCACCAGAAACUAGCCUGUUACUCCAAAAUGCAGGAAGCCCAGGAGUGCAACGCCAGCCCCAGCAACAGCAGCGGCAGUGGCAGCUCCUCCUUCUCCAGCCAAACUCCAGCUAGUAUAAAAGAAGAAGGCGGCAGCCCGGAGAAAGAGCGCCCACCAGAGGCGGAGUACAUCAACUCCCGCUGCGUCCUUUUCACCUAUUUCCAGGGAGACAUCAGCUCUGUGGUGGACGAGCACUUCAGCCGGGCCCUAAGCCAGCCUAGCAGCUAUUCCCCAAGCUGUACAAGCAGCAAAGCCCCGCGGAGCUCCGGGCCCUGGCGGGACGGCUCCUUCCCGAUGAGCCAGCGCAGCUUCCCCGCCUCCUUCUGGAACAGCGCUUACCAGACGCCAGUGCCCGCGCCGCUGGGCAGCCCGCUGGCCGCCGCUCACUCGGAGCUGCCCUUCGCCGCCGCCGACCCCUACUCGCCGGCCGCGCUGCACGGCCACCUGCACCAGGGCGCGGCAGAGCCCUGGCACCACGCGCAUCCGCACCACGCGCACCCACACCACCCCUACGCGCUGGGCGGCGCCCUCGGCGCCCAGGCCGCCGCCUACCCGCGGCCCGCCGCCGUGCACGAGGUCUACGCGCCGCACUUCGACCCCCGCUACGGGCCGCUGCUGAUGCCAGCCGCCUCGGGGCGCCCGUCCCGCCUCGCUCCCGCGCCGGCCCCCGCGCCUGGCAGCCCGCCCUGCGAGCUCUCGGCCAAGGGCGAGCCGGCCGGCGCCACGUGGGCCGCGCCCGGGGGACCCUUCGCGAGCCCCACGGGGGACGUGGCCGGGGGUCUGGGCCUCAGCGUGGACUCAGGUUUGCAGCCUCAGGACAAAAGCAAGGAUCUGUACUGGUUUUAGACAACCCACCUUCUUCCCUGUAGGUGUCUGCAUAGCGCAAUUGGUGACACUCAGAGCUGAAAUCAAGUGGGUUUGUAACAGCUUCUGAUCUUGGUUUGCAGCUCGUCGUUAUUCCCUCUGUGGUGCAUCCCUCCUGAGCUGAUCUGCUGACCCAGGGUUUCCCCUUCCCUUUCCCUUCUGACCAGCCAUGGAGGCUGGCAUCUGUGCCUCUCACUUCAUGGAUCAGGACAUGGGGGAAUGCAGAGACUUCAAACUUCUCCAUGUAUUGGGAAAACCAGAACACACAUCGACAGAAUGUUCAUCUAAAAAUAAUUCCUUCUUCCAAAAGAGGAAAUCCAAAGACUCUGAAUGAUGCUUCAUGACUUUUGGGCAAAUCACUGGAAGUAUCCAUGGUGAUCACUUGGUGACAUGAUAUCAUAGUUUUCUUGGAAAGAGGGAAAGAAAAAGAGAUGUUUUGGUGUGAAUAUUUUUUAUGCUGAUGUGAAUUAUUUCAUUAAGUAGUGUGAUCAUAGCACUGCCGAAGUCAAUAUCCUCAGACUGAAAUGCAUUUGUAUUGGCAUCAAAGACUGUGGUAGAGAAGUCAAAAGAAGCCAAUUCCUUCUUCCUCACCUGUAGCCUCCAGCUCCUUUCCUGCCUGCUCCCUCCCUACAACAUCAACUCCAGACACAAAGACACACUUCUUCCUUCGGACUGUGAACGUGGAAGCCUCAGCCUGAAUGUGAGCGGCAAGUGGCUUAUCUGGAGCCACCUGCCCGAGUCUUACUGAAAUGCAGCUGUUGUAGGACAACUGUUUAAAACUCCAGAAAUACAUCGACCAAAGGGGGCACUUCCCAGUGUUUGGCACAGCAAUUGCAGUUGCACUGGAUAUGUUUUAUACGUGUGUGUGUAUAUAUCAUAUUUUUUACAAAGAACAUUUUAUGAUGAAAGAAGAAACUCUCUCUGCCUUCUCUCCCACAAAUUCUGUCCCUCCCUCUAUCCUCCUUUGGAUGAAAAACAGUAAGCAUCAAGAGGCCCCAGUUGUCUCCAAGAAGAAGAACUAGGAGUCACCAGAAGGGGAAGAGAAGCCCAUGGAGUCUCUGGUACCUCGAAUAUUCUUCUCAGUCUCUGUGGUCAUGAUUUGGUCACUUUAGUGUUGGGACAGGGUAAGGGGUACACAUGUGGGCAAAACUGAAGGGGAUGAGGAAGAAGAAACGAACAUUAAAGAUGUUUGUUUACCACUA